AAACACGUGGCCUCAUACUUGCAUGCAAGAGUCACAUUUACUACAGUGAAAGUUAUUUAUUUUUUGGUCCACCCAUUUCCUUCGUUUGAUUUAUUGUCUUAUGAAAAUAAUGGUGCGUCGAAUGGCUGCGUCUGCUCAUUUGUAUACAUGUCUUACCAAACCAUCGAGCAGCCCCCGAGAGACACAGGAAAAGAAGAGGCCACUUGCUGUAGCUGUCAGGAAAGAUCUGAACUGAUAGCAUGAACGUUUUUAAACUACGUUUACUUCCUCUUCGUGCAUUCUGCCCAUCUGACUCCACAGCCGAGCACUGAGCCUGGAGAUUAUGCAAUGUUCACUGUUUGUGGCGUGAAGCUCUACCUGCAGCCUGUAUUUCCUGUGCAUGUCAUACGUGUGGCAUCAGCCACUUUCACUUUUUUAAUGUGCAAAAAAAAAAAAAGUUUUUAAAGAAUGUUGCGUGAUUCAAAGCUAAGAUCUAAUGAAUCAAAAGACAGCCGUGCUUCCUGUAACCAGUUGUCUUGCAUCAAGCAUUUGCAGAAGUAGCCAACAGAGGAAGUGCAGUCACUUCUGUGUUUAAAUUGAGUGUUUUUCACGUCUUGGCGUGAUGAGGCUGUCAGUCAAACGGACAGCUUUACUCCUGCUAACUCUUUUCGGAGCUUGUGCGCUUACUACUCUAUAUCAAACCCUAACAUGCCCCGGAAAGGUUCCCAGACCUCACACGGUGUCUAUAUUGGUUGGAAACUUGAACCAGACGCUGUACCGGUUUACCCCGAACACGCCGAUGGUGUUUGUGGGAGGCGUUCCGCGAUCAGGGACCACCUUGAUGCGCGCCAUGCUAGACGCCCACCCUGACAUCCGCUGCGGGGAGGAGACGCGAGUGAUCCCCAGGAUACUGUCCCUGCGGCAGGGCUGGGGGAGGCAGACGGAGGAGCGCUGGGCGCUGGAGGACGAGGGAGUCAGUCAAGAGAUGCUGGACGCAGCGACCGCAGCUUUUCUGCUGGAGGUCAUCGCACGGCACGGGGAGCCUGCACCAUUACUGUGCAAUAAAGACCCCUUUACACUGAAGAGCGCCAUUUAUCUCUCACACAUUUUCCCCAACUCUAAGUUUCUGCUAAUGCUCAGAGACGGCCGGGCGUCUGUGCACUCCAUGAUCUCCAGACGAGUGACUAUCGCUGGCUUCGACCUGUCCAGCUACAGGGACUGUCUGACUAAAUGGAGCAAUGCAAUCGAAGCCAUGCUCUCCCAGUGUAUGGCGGUCGGCCGGAGGCGCUGUAUGACCGUCCGCUAUGAGGAUCUGGUGCUGCAGCCACGAGCCACCAUGCAGCGUGUGCUGCACUUUCUGAACUCACCUUGGCAUGAAGGAGUGCUUCAUCACGAGGAGGCCAUCGGGCAGCCAGGAGGGGUAUCACUGUCUCGUACCGAACGCUCCACGGAUCAAGUAAUCAAACCAGUUAACCUGGAAGCCCUCACACGCUGGGUAGGCCACAUCCCAGCAGAUGUCCAGAAGGACAUGGAGAGCAUCGCGCCAAUGCUGCGCAGGCUGGGCUACAACCCCAACGCCAGUCCCCCAGAUUAUGGUCAACCAGAUCCGGAAGUGAUCAACAAUACUCAAAGGGUACUGCGAGGAGAUUUUAAAACUCCCACAAGCCUGAAAAGAGGGCCACAAGUAUCUCCAAAGUCAGUUUCUAAAGGAGGCAGAAACUGAAGACGGUUCUGCAUUGAUUGCCAUAUACGCUCCGGUUCAGCCUUGGAUAUUUCACCACCAUUUUGUGCCAUACACCACGAAGGCCCUUCACAAAAAACAGAGCAACCUGAGCAGAAAAUAGGGCGCAUUGUUAUUAUGCAAUAGCUGUUACAUGGGGUCUGAUUUUGACAUUGCCAGAACCCAAUGUAAUAAUUAGGCAACUAAAACCUAUUGUGCCAAAAUGUUGUAACGCAAUAGUUUAUGUAAACAAACAAGCCUGGACAUUAGCCUAAACACUGGACAAAGAUCAACAUUUUUACUUCCUGAUGCUAUCAUAAUAUUGUUUACAGUGGACUUCCUGAACAUUGCAGAUUGUUAUAUCUUGUUUUGGGCGAUGAGAAGAGUGUGACGUAGCGCUUGGUGUCGCACUAAAUGCUGUUGCUAUGUGCCUGCGUGCAUUUUCUUGACCUAGAUAUUAAAUUGAGCCAUAUUCUUUUCCUAGUGCCAACACGCCCCGUUUCCCCUCGUUUUUAUUUUCAAAAGUGAGUUCUUUUAAUAAAAAACAUUCAUACAAA